AUGUUUAGACUUACCACCACGCUCAGGAACACAUCAACCAAGGAGUAUUCUCCCGAGCAGAUCGAGAAGGCCCGGGACUGGCUCCAAAAAUUCACGUUUUCGCAAGUCCCAUCCAACAUCUUUGACGUUAGCUAUAGCAGAUCUUCUGGAGCCGGGGGACAGAAGGUCAACAAGACAUCUUCCAAGGCCACAGUGGCCUUGGAGCCGCACCAGUGGCUCAACCCCCAAUUUUGCUACUGGAUCCCCGAGCCUAUUCGAGCCCAGCUUAAAGAACGGAAAAUCCGGUACGAGACCAAAAGUGGAGGCAUCUUGAUCCAAAGUGACUUGACCAGAAACAGAGACGUCAACACCGAGGAAUGCUUGAAGAAGUUGGUCGAGGAAAUCAAGGCCAAAACCUUCUUUGCUGGCGAGAUCAGUGAAGAGGACAAGAAGAAGUGGGAGGAUAUUCGUGAAGAAACAAAGGAGAAACGGUUAUUUCACAAGAAGAAGCAGAGCGAGAAGAAGAAGUUGCGCUCCAAGAAAUUCGACUUCUAG